ACAGGGUGCUGCGGUCCCGGUACCGGCUCGACCGACGUCGACUGCGGGGAAGAUUGGACGACUUGUGUCGACACUGAGCAGUUUUCCGAUCAUUAAGACAACAAUUCUGCAGCAGACGGCAGUUUGCCAUGGCGAAGUCUCUGGAUGGAGGCAACAAGGUGUGGGCCCCCCACUCACACGAGGGGUUUGUCCUGGGAACCAUCGUAGACAUGGGCUCAGACACACUCACCAUAGAACCCUUCACCAAGGAGAGGAAUGCUAAGCCAAUCACAGCCCCCUUCAGUGAUGUGUACCCUGCAGAAGAGGAUACUGACAAGGAUGUGGAUGACAACUGUUCCCUCAUGUUCCUGAAUGAAGCCACGCUGCUACACAACAUCCGACUGCGCUACAAGAGGGAGCAGAUAUAUACAUAUGUGGCCAACAUCCUGAUUGCAGUCAACCCGUACCAUGACAUCCCCAAACUGUACGCUGCAGAAACCAUCAAAUCCUACGGGGGGAAAUCUCUAGGAACCAUGCCUCCACACGUGUUUGCUAUUGCUGACAAGACCUACCGUGACAUGAAGGUGAACAAGGAGAGCCAGUCCAUCAUUGUGAGUGGGGAGUCUGGUGCAGGGAAAACAGAGACAACCAAGUACAUCCUCAGAUAUCUGACUGAGUCCCAUGGAUCAGGCAUGAUCAUUGAUCAGCGAAUUGUAGAAGCCAACCCUCUACUGGAGGCCUUCGGUAAUGCCAAGACUGUCCGUAACAACAACAGCUCGCGUUUCGGCAAGUUUGUGGAAAUCCAUUUUGACCACAAGCACAAGGUUGUCGGUGGUUAUGUCUCACAUUACUUACUGGAGAAGUCACGAAUCUGCAGCCAGAGCCGACAGGAGCGAAACUACCACAUCUUCUACCGGAUGUGCGCCGGCGCCCCCGAGGACGUCAGGGUGAAACUGCACCUGGGCAACCCAGACGAGUACCACUAUCUGCGGAACGGGUGCACCCAGUACUUCACCAACAAGGACACCAUCAACCUCAUCAACCAGGCCCGCAAGAGCAAACAGUUCCUAAAGGAUGGCAGCCUACAUGACCCUAUACUGGAUGAUGUGAAGGACUACAAGCGUAUGGAGGACGCCAUGAAAUGUGUCGGGAUCGAGGAGGCGGAGAAGAUGAACCUGUUCCGCAUCGCAGCCGCCGUACUGCACCUGGGCAAUGUCACCUUCGAGGAGGACCACAACAACACCUCAGGCGGCUGUAUCGUGCCCCAGUCGUCAGACAAGGCCCUGGCAGUGACGGCUGAGCUGAUGGGUCUGGGGAAGGAGGAGCUACAGGAGGCCCUCACCACACGGGUCAUGCAGACGGCUCGGGCAGGGCCGGGGGGAACUGUCAUCAAAGUUCCUCUGAAGUUUGACCAGGCCUCCAACGCCCGUGAUGCCCUGGCCAAGGCCGUGUACUCCCGACUGUUUGACCGUGUGGUGGCUCGAGUCAACCAGUGUUUCCCCUUCCAAAGUUCUGAACACUUCAUUGGAGUUCUGGACAUUGCUGGCUUUGAGUACUUUGAGAUGAACAGCUUCGAGCAGUUUUGCAUCAACUACUGUAACGAGAAGCUGCAGCAGUUCUUCAAUGAGCGCAUCCUGAAAGAGGAACAAGAACUGUACCAGAAGGAGGGCCUGGGAGUGGCAGAGGUGUCGUAUGUGGACAACCAGGAUGCCAUUGAUCUGAUAGAGAUGAAGGCGUCUGGUAUCCUGGACAUCCUGGAUGAGGAGAGUCGCCUGCCUCGCCCUGACAGCAUCCACUUCACCACGGAGGUACACAACCGCCACAAGAACCACUUCCGCCUCACGAUCCCACGGAAGUCCAAGCUGGCCUAUCACAAGAAGCUGCGUGAUGACGAAGGCUUCCUCAUCAGGCAUUUUGCCGGUGCUGUGUGCUACACUACAAAACUGUUCAUAGAGAAGAACAAUGAUGCUCUGCACGACUCGCUGGAGUUCCUUAUACAAGAGAGUAAGGACCCCUUCAUACAGGACCUGUUUGGGGAGAAGAAGAAGAAGACAUCAGGAAAGCUGGGCUUCAUCAGUGUGGGCAACAAGUUCAAGACUCAGUUGGAACAGCUGCUGGAUAAACUGAGAAAUACGGGUUCUGCAUUUGUCCGUUGCAUCAAGCCCAAUCUGAAGAUGACCAGCGGCAUGUUUGAGGGAGCUCAGAUCCUCUCCCAGCUGCAGUGUGCAGGUAUGGUGUCUGUACUGGAUCUGAUGCAGGGUGGGUUCCCCUCCCGUGCCCAGUUCCAGGACCUGUACAACAUGUACAAGCAGUACCUACCAGCAGACUUGGCCAGGCUGGACCCCAGGCUCUUCUGUAAGGCUCUCUUUAAGGCUUUGGGUCUGAAUGAAAAUGACUUCAAGUUUGGUCUGACCAAGGUCUUCUUUAGGCCAGGGAAGUUUGCAGAGUUUGACCAGAUUAUGAAGUCGGACCCUGAACACUUGGCAGCGCUGGUUGCUAAGGUGAGGAAGUGGCUGCUUCAGUCCCGCUGGAAGAAGGCCCAGUGGUGUACCCUGUCUGUCAUCAAACUGAAGAACAAGAUCCUGUACCGCAGAGCUGCUCUCAUCAAGAUCCAGUCUGGAUUCAGGAUGAUGAUCUGCAUGAAGAAACACAAACCAAGAAUUGCCGGUAUGAAGAAGGUGACAACUCUGAAGACACUUAGUGGCCAGAUGCACCAGCUGGUUUCUGCUCUAAAGGAGGACAAGCAGUCAUCAGGCAAACAGGUGACAGACCUGGAGGCAGGUAUCAAUGGACUUGUGAAACAGAUCAAGACCACCAUGAUGACCCGUGAGCAGAUUGACAAGGAGUACAACACCCUGUACAACCAGGCCACCCAGCUCAUGAAGACACUCGACUCCAAGAAGAAGAAACAGGAGGAGGAGGAACGCAUGCGCAAGAUUCAGGAGGAGAUGGAACGAGAGCGGAAACGUCGCGAGGAAGAAGAACAGAAACGCAAACAGGAGGAGGAGGAGAAGAGACUACGAUUAGAGAUGGAAGCUCAGAGGAAGAAGGAAGAGGAAGAGCAGAAGAGGAGGGAGGAAGAAGAGAAGCGACUACAGAAGGAGAUCGAGGAACAGCUGGCAAAGGAGGCUGAGGAAGAAGCAAAGAACCAGGCUAUCCUGGAGCAGGAGCGGCGAGACCGUGAGCUGGCCAUGCGUCUGGCCGAGGACGAGGGACAGGAGAUCGUGGAGGAACCACAGGAGGCACCGCAGCUCAAGAGGGCUGUUGCCACCAAGCAGGGUUCUAAGAAGUAUGAGCUGAGCAAGUGGAAGUACGCAGAGCUGCGAGAUGCCAUCAACACGUCUUGUGAUGUUGAACUGCUGGAGGCUUGUCGUGAGGAGUUCCACCGCCGUCUGAAGGUGUACCACGCCUGGAAAACCAAGAACAAGAAACGCACUGCCGGCACCGAGGACGAGCGCGCUCCCGAUUCAGUCAUGCAAGAUGAGGAUGUAGAUUUGUAUGUUAGAACCGAUCCGUACCGUGAGCGCCAGCGCACCAUGUCCAUGAACCAGAUGGCGCAGGCCCCGCCCCUGCCGCCACGACAACAGUCGCUGCCCAACCGUCAACAACGGUACUUCCGCAUCCCGUUUAUACGCCCGGCGGACCAGUACAAGGACAACCAGAACAGGAAGAAGGGGUACUGGUACGCACACUUCGACGGGCAGUGGAUCGCUCGCCAGAUGGAGUUACACCCGGACAAAGUUCCUGUCAUCCUUGUUGCUGGGAAAGACGACAUGCAGAUGUGUGAGCUGAGUCUGGAUGAGACCGGCCUCACGCGCAAACGCGGAGCUGAGAUCAUCGCCAGGGAGUUCGAGGAACAGUGGAACCGCACCGGCGGGCGGGAGUAUCUCAUGCAAGCCAUCCAGUCCAAACAAGCACGUCCAACGUACGCUACAGCCAUGCUUCAGCAGCAGUAUAAGAAGUAACCAGCACCGUUCUAAGCAACAGGGACCAAUGAGAGAAUAUUUAACAUUCAAUCAUUCUUAGUAGAAGUAAUUUAUAAGAGCUUAAUGUACUUUGCAAAAAAAAUUGGCUUGGAAAAUGUGAUAGGAAUCUGUGUACUGUGAAUGUUUUGGGUGUCAUGUGAGAAGCCUACUAUGGAAAUUUCAAAGUGAACAAUAAUGGAAAUGUGGUAAUUUUUGUUGUAACGAUGGUGUACGUUGUACACGUGUUUUACAUAGUGUUACAGGCACAUUCAUGUGGUGAUAGCAAAAUGUGUUUUUACUUUAUUGACCAUUGAUUCUAGUGUGGAGCAGGUCUUAUGGAUUACAUGGAAGACAAGCAUGUACAUGUAGACAUGUAACAUUUAAAGUCAUGCUAAUGACACAAAAAGUCCACUAUUAAAGGAGCAUUAUGUAACAUUUUUGCACCAAAAAUUGAAACAUUUUGGUUGAAAAAAAAUCUUAAUGUGAUUAUAAAUUACUUUUCAACAUAUUUGUGCAAUUAUCUCACAUUUCUGACAUUCAUGGUUGGCACUUAAACAGCCGACAUUGAGCAAACUCAGUUUGUGGUACCACCACAAAUUACCAGAAUGUAAACAAACAUCGCCGACAGCUGUGUUUCCAGGUUUUGAACACACUUAUAAGUCAUCAUAUCUUGGCACCUCUCCUUUGUGAACGGCACUUAUUUGCAAUGGAGUAGGGUUGAUUCAACUUACGUUGUAAAGAAAUGACACGAAAAUUGACUUUAUUUUGUCUAAAUGUUACAUAAUGCAGCUUUAAGCAUGAUGAUUCAUAGCCUUCCAGGGACAUGUUUCGACCAUAGAAAGAAAGGAUGUUGGCUUAAGUUAUUGCCGUGUUGAAGCCAAAAGUUACAAGAAUAGAGUACAAGAAACUUGUGUGAUAUUUGUCAGUAAUUAAACACUUAACAGUUACGGUAGAUUCUACUGGUGGAAACUUUAGAAACAUGCCUGUCAUUUGGAGGUGCUCUUCCCAACAAGGGACAGUUUUUACUGCUAUAGUUUUGCCUCAAGCGUGGAAAUGUAAGGAAGGCUUUAUAUGCACUAAUAUUUCCUUAGAGAAGUGAUGCAUUGAUGUGAUAAUUCAUGUGUGAUUGCUGCAAUUUUUUCUCAAUUUUCUAGUGAGGUUUGUUAUCUGCACUAUUUACGCCAGAACAAUUCUGUGUAAAAUGGACACGAAAUAGAAGUGCAAUUUAAAGAGAAAGAUCUAAAUGUUAAAUGGAAAAAAACUAUUCUUGAUGUAUAGAUGCUACCCGUUGGUCAAGCUUUUUUAUUCUUCAUAUUACCAUAAAUGCACUUAAAUUCUAAUAUUCCCAGUGUAACUUCAGUCUGGGGAAAAUGGUAACUCUCUAGUAAUCUAUUACGUUUAUGGAGAAGCCAUAGCCGGCUCUGCACUUCAAGUAUGAACCAAUAUAAAAACUGCUAAAGAAUGUGCCUUUUAACGUUUCGAGCCUGUCAACAUAAGACAGAAAAGAACCUUUGUUGUAGAUUGUUCACAUUUUACGACUAUGUAGCAGUGAGGCGAGUGUAUAACAGUCUGCAGUAGUCAUUUAUAAGUGGUGUUGAGAACGUGCCUUUCUCAAAAAACAUAUCAAAGUCUGAGGCUUGUGGACACUGCAUCAUACAAAUAGGAACUUAACCACACAGCAUAAAACAUAGCAACUUAUUCGUAACAUUAACCAAAAGUAUUGAACCGAUCAAGAUGCCUGGAUGGCUGAGAAAUUAUUUCAAAGAUCUAAUAAUUGCUGAAGCAGGUCUUCAAUAUUGACAAUAUAAUCUACAGAACCCACAGAAAGUGAAUUUGGUUGAGGCUCUUGCAUAGUCAUAGAUUUAGGUGUAAAAUUGCCUCGUAGACCCUUUAUGGGGUGUGGCAUUACAGGAUAUAUACUGGUACAUGUAGGUGUGUGUGGAUAAAUGUGGAUUCCCUGCUGAUUUUAUGUAGAUGACCCUACAAUUGUCUACUGUUGCAUGAAUCUGUCCAGUACAGUAGAAUUCCUCAAUAACACAAUUACACAGAUUGUCAGCAGUGCACUCAACUACGUAAUUGAUGUGUAGGCUCUAUGCAAUAGAUGUAGACAAUCAUAAUGCACUCUGUGGGCCCUGGCAUUUAUUAUUAAUGUAAGGGGACCUGCGAAAACAUUCAGGGUUGGUUCCCAGAAUGACUUUUCUAUUUUAUGGAUACGACGUAGGAAAAUUUAAAGUGCAAAGACUAAUAUAAGACCAAUUAAGAUUGGGGUAGGAAAUUGAUUAUGGGUCAUUUGGAUUGAAGAAUAGGUGUUAAGUUGAAGUCGUAUUUUUUCUAGAACAGACAGAGAGGAGUGGACUUUGUCAGGCAUUGCGUGCAGCAAAGUAGCACUGUGUGUAUGUAGCAUACUUUUAGCACUGAUACAGUAACUGUUGGAAUGGUCGGAAGUGGUCUUGUGCUCAGUAUGAAUUUUACCAAGGUACAUGUAGUGGUGGAUCAAGUAAGUCAUAAUAAAUCUGUAUUAUGGGGCAUUGCCUGGAAAUUAACUGCCGCUCAGAUGCAGGCAUUCUAUUAAGUUAACUGCUAUUGAGGAUUACACUUGUGCACAAAUGGAAGUUUGCUUCUCUGCAAUGCUGUGGUGUUAAAACGUAGCUCUUACCAAAUAUGGUAUGUAGAAGUGGACAUGCAUACUCCAUUCCAUGCAUGCAAUGAUGAACCACACGUUUAGGCAUUUGCGUCACUGUAGGAUGUAGCAACCAAGUGCUUUUACAUUGUGAUGCAUGGAGUUUGAAACUUUAAAAAAGUAGAAAAAUACACACUGGAAGACAAAGAGUGCCUGGACUCAAAAAUAAUGUUUUCAAACUCAUUCCUAUCUAUAGAGUCUCUGCUGUGGGUAGCAUUACAUUUUAAUGUGAAAUAAAGAAUCACUGUUACCA